AUGCCUGGUUCUCCGCAGAAGCGAGCUGCGUCUCCACGCAAAUCUCCCCGCAAGGGCAGCCCAAAGAAGUCUCCAAGGAAGAGGUCGGCGUCUCCAAGGAAGAGGUCGGCAUCUCCUCGACGUCGUCAGAGGAGCCGUGCUCGUGCUGCUACCCAUCCUCCCGUUGCCGAGAUGAUCCGCGCAGCCAUCACCGCCAUGAAGGAGCGCAAGGGCUCAUCUGUCGCCAAAAUCAAGAGCUACAUCGCCGCCAACUACCGCGUCAACAUGACCAACCUCCAGCCCCACAUCCGACGUGCUCUCCGAAGCGGUGUUGCCAGUGGCGCCCUGAAGCAAGUCACCGGCACCGGAGCCACGGGAAGAUUCCGCGUUGGAGUCGUGCCCAAGGCGAAGAAGCCCAAGUCCACUGCAGCUGCCAAGGCCAAGAAGGAGAGGGCUAGGGCCAAGGCUGCCGCCAAACGUGCCAAGUCCGCUGCCAGGAGGAAGGCUGCUGCUGCCAAGAAGAAGGCCGCUGCUGCAAAGAGGAAGGCUGCUGCUAAGGCCAAGAAGGCUAAGAAGCCAAAGAAGAAGACCGCCGCAAAACGCAAGCCAGCUGCCAAGAAGACCACGAAGAAAUCGGCAAAGAAGUCUCCCAGGAAGGCGAAGGCCGCUGCUAAACGCAAACCAGCUAAGAAGGCCAAGCGUUCUCCCAAAAAGAAGGCUACAAAGCGUCGAUCUCCAAGGAAGGCCAGGAAGUAG